CUGUAAUGGCCGCCUCCAUAGUAGACGACAGCAACCAGCAAGAAUUUUAGCUACUAGCACAUUAGUGAUUACUGUUCCGAUCAAAACGUAUUUUUCCUCAAGAUGAUGUCGACAAGACUCCUCAAGAAAAUUACUGACAGAAUGAUGAGAAAAAACAGAAUACACCAGCCACAAUUCUGGUCACAAGUGUCGCGCUACAUGUCCAGUGAUAAAGGCGAUACCCCUGGCAGCAAACCUGGCAUCGUUUCCUCAAAAAUCACUGACACCAAACAAAGUCAAGGUCCUAAAUUUGUAGACGAGUCCGAACUGCAUCCCGAAAAUGUCAAACCAGCAGGAAAAAAACUUCAAAGUUUAAUCAUCGGUAAAGGUAGUGAAGGUGAUCCAACAUUUGUUCCGGGGCAGACAGACAUUGCUAUUAUUGGUGGGGGACUGGUUGGCUCAGCUGCAGCGUUCUGGAUUAGGAAGCAAAGCAAGAAAGGAUACAGUGUGACGGUCAUAGAAAGGGACUCCAGUUAUGCUCAAGCCUCUAGCAUGUUGUCUGUGGGUGGUGUGAGACACCAAUUCAGUAUUCCAGAGAAUGUGCAAAUGUCCAUGUUUACUACAGACUUUAUCAGGAAUAUACACCACCAUCUCGGCAUUCUAGGCCAAGAGCCUCCGGAUGUACAGUUCCACCAUCAAGGCUACCUCUUCCUGGCCUCAGAACAGAGUGCAGAGGUCCUCAAUGAAAGCGUUCAAAUGCAGAGAGAACUCGGUGCCAACAUUGAAAUUCUCACUAAAAAGCGCCUAGCUCAGAAAUAUCCUUGGCUCAACUUGGAUGGUAUCGAAUGUGCAUCACAGGGAAUUCAGGGAGAGGGCUGGUUUGACCCAUGGUUGCUUCUCUGUGCUCUGAAACAGAAGAACAUCAGUAUGGGUGUGACCUAUUUGAAUGCUGAAGUGGAGGGCUUUUUCAUGAGCGAUAUGAAGGAUGAAUUGGGUGCGGGGAAACUGUCAGGCCUCCAGGUAAAACGUGCUGAUGGAGUUUCAGAUAGCAUGGAAUUUUCCAUGUGUAUAAAUUGUGCUGGAGCCUGGGCUGGGGAAAUUGCUAAAAUGGCAGGUAUAGGAACAGGUCCGGGACCCCUAUCAGUUUGCCUACCUGUCGAACCAAGGAAAAGAUUUGUGUAUGUAGCCCACUGUCCAGACGGGCCAGGACUUGAAUGCCCCAUGUUGGUUGAUACGUCAGGCAUGUACUUUCGACCAGAAGGAUUAGGAGGGCACUUCCUUCUUGGAGGCAGUCCAUAUGAGGACAGGGAACCAGAUGUCAGUAACCUAGAGGUGGACUACAGUUUCUUUGACGAGGAGGUGUGGCCACAUUUAGCUCACAGGGUACCUUCCUUCGAAAAGCUCAAGUUGAAAAGUGCAUGGGCUGGUUACUAUGACUACAACACCUUCGACCAAAACCUGAUGAUAGGCCCCCAUCCUCAUCACAAGAACUUUUUCUUUGCCAAUGGGAUGAGUGGGCACGGAGUCCAGCAGGCACUGUGUAUUGGUCACGCCUUGAUGGAGCUCAUCCUGUAUGAGAAAUAUGAUUCAAUCAACCUAGAUCUAUUCAGGUUCGAACGCACAGAACCACUGCUAGAAUUGGGGAUUGUGUAAGGUGAAUGUGGGUCUAAACAAACAAUCAAUAUGCAACAACAUGUUUUUUAUUGAGGAAUGUUCCAUUUAUAAACAUAUAGGGCAGUGGGGGUAUCUUAUAAAUGAUGUAUAGGUAGUGGGCCUGGAACUGUAAAUACAAUGCACUAGAUUUCAGCUCCCAAAGGCUUUAAGCCCUGCAAGUGUCAGUCUAAAUUCAAAGCUAUACAUUAUCUUGUUUGUUGUGUAUGUAAAUUUAAACAGUCAUACAGCAUCUUGUAGAUGCUAUUCUUAUUCUCACCUGCUGGUCUAAUUCACACCAAACCUUGUGGAUGCUAGUCAAAUUCACACAAAAUCUUGCGGGUGCUAGAGUAAUUCACACAAAAUUUUGUUAUAUACAUUAAAUUAUGCAUCAUACCAUGAUAUUAGCGUCUUGACUGAGCCAUCCUUGAUACAUACAUUUUCUGCACUCCUCAAAUAUGUCAUGACAACAGGGAAGGCUCAGUGUACGCCAUCUUGAGUACGAGACGAGAAGAUCAGUUUGAUUCGAUGAACGGUAAAAUUGACUGGCUUUGGAGUCUGGUGUUGCUCUUCUGAAAUCUUAAAAGGACAGGUAUCAGUCUGGCAGUUGGUCAGGGUGUGUGUCUUCAAUUUUGCUGACAUAUUUCAGGGGUGCAGAGACUGUAAGUGAGCCUAACCCCUGGAGUAUUGAGGAUGUGACGGGGGAAGUAGUUAUACCAGUUAGCUCAAGAAGGACUUGACAUACUCCUACAGAUCAAAAACCCUCCUAGCUUUAGCCUAGUUUAUGUAGGCAAGUGCCUGUGAUAUAUAUAGUAUCUAAACGUAAAGGAGAAGGAAGAACCAUCUACUCAAAAUUAUUUUAUUUUUAAAUACUGCAUGCUGGGAAAUUUUGUAGGAAUCAGUUUUGUUGUAGUCAGACAAAAUUUGACAUAAGCAAAAUAAAAUAUAUAAUGGAUUAAAUUUCCAUCUUUGUCCAACUUGUUUAAGGUAUCAAGUUAGAAAAGAUUGAUUUAGAAGUGAAGACCAGCAUCUACUCAGAAUAUCAGUAUCAUAUUUAAUGAAAUGAGGAUUUUUUAUCUGUAAGUUUCUAUAUACAUAUGUAAUGAUAUAUUAUUACUGUAUACUCAUUUCAAAUUUGGAGGGUUGUUUGAAUCUGUUUGACAUAAUGAGAUGAUUUUACUCCUUUCAACUCCUAUAUGUGUUAGAAAGGAUUUUUUUUUACUCAUCCCAGAUCCAGUUGAACAGAUUUUAUUUUAUUUACACUAUAAUUAUGUUUGCUUUCGGACAUAAUUACACAGAUUACAGUUUGAUGGCAUUUACCUAUGUGUAUCUACUUGUAUUUGUUUGUAGAUGUGUGUGCUUUGUGUAUACAUUAUAAUGUAUUUGAAUACAUAUACUGGCAUAUCAAGUCAGAGUAUUAUCUAGCCAGAACUUGUUACUUUGCCAGUGAUUAUGUAAGUCAUGUGCUUGAUAUUUAUUCAGUGUAUAUUAGAAUGACCCUAUAGCAUGGAGUACAUACUGUGAAAUCAGAUAUUUUCGUGGGCCCAAAAUUUCAUGGUUUCCCUAAAAACUUCGCUUUUGUGGGUACAUAAAUUUGUGAAUUUCAAGUUAAAAGAAGAAUGUCUUUUUGUCUUUUAUAUAAACUUGUAAUUACUUCAUAGGCAUAUAUGAAUUCAUAGAUGAAGUUUACCCAAGAAAUCAAGGUAAUAAAAAAAAACCCCAAAAAGUAGUGAUUUCCCAGUAUGACUUUCAGUAAUACAGUAUUAAAUAGCUUACUUUUAUAAGACAUUAUUUGAUAUUUUUGAGAUAUGACUUUAUGAAUAUUCAAUUACCCAGUUAUAUAUUUUAUUAGGGAAUGUAAUGUACAUGGUUUUGAUGGAUACUCAGGUUUUAAACAAAAAACAUUGAACUUAUUACUCGCUUAUUAUGUCCACUGUGGAACAUUAAAAGACCAUAAUUUGUCAGAAUUUUACUCAGGAUUAUGGGGAUUUUUACGAAUCUGCAGGAUUACUAGAAUUAUAUUGUUGUGUACAACUGAAGAUGAUAUGUAUGUACCAGUGUAACAGCCACUUCUUUCCCCCGGGGAAAGAAUCAGCUAGCUGAUUUCUUAGGGAAAAAACUAACUGAGGGGGGAAAGAAUCGGCUAGCUGAUUCAUUCCCCCGGGGAAAAAUCAACUAGCCCAUUUCUUUUUUCCCUGGGGAAAGAAAUGACUUCUACACCUGUAUAGAGGCUGUGAUGUUAAUAUUCUUUCCACAUCGGCGAGAAAAUGCAAUGUUGUGAUCUUUUGGGUCAUAUGGAAUAUAAUACAUAUGUUUAAGCAGAUGGCAUUGAGGUAUAAAUUUAUGGUUUAUUUUUAUCAUUUUAACACUUUCAUAGUAUUUUUUUUAUCCGCCCCUCACCAAUUUCCUCAUGUUUCAAUUGUGCAACAAUUAAAUGGACUAGAUGAUGUGAUGUGUGAAAAUGUUCAGUACGGCCAAAAAACGUUAAUAUGUUAAAUAUACAGUGCUUUUUAUUGUACAUGUAUGUGCACUUAUUUAUACCUGAACAAAUUAUUUGUUCAUACAUUAAACAAAGAUUUAUUGAGGUGUAAAAUGUGUUUUUGUCUUGACUUUAAUUUUCUUCUUACAUAAUUUCUAUAUGUUAGUCAGCUUGGAGAUCAUAAUAAUUAUAUCAUACUGCUUCCAUUUGUUUUCAACUGAUCACAGAGCUAGAAAAAUGAUAAUCAAUUUUAUGAUAUUUUCAAUGGGUGAUCUAUACAUAGGUGUCAACCUCUGAAACCUCCAUUAUGAGGGAGAUCUCUCUCAUUCC